AUGUCGCAUGCUCAAGUAGCACAGGGAACCAUGACACAAGCACAAGGCUUCGUCAAUGGUGCAAUCCUUUUUAUUCUUCUGGUUUCUGCCUUUCCCGACCAAACCGCAGCCGAUGGUGUCAUUAUUGACCAGUAUUCUGAUGACACAAACGGCCGAAUCACCUUCCAACUAAACUCUAAGGACAACCACUCUGACCAACGAGCUGCCAUUGCAAACCUUGGUCACUGGACUCGUCGCACUGAUCGAUGGCUUUUUGAUCAACACGUCAUCCUCAACCUUUCCAAGUGUCUCGUCUUCUAUGCCAUCUCACCUAAUCAAGACCACAAACUUGCCCCUCUACCGUUGGACAUGGGCUCCGGCAUUCUUCACCCGGCUGCUGAAAUCAAACACCUUGGCGUCACAUUUGAUUCUCAUCUUUCGAUGUCCUUCCACAUUCGCAAUAUUUGUUGGUCCUCUUUCUUUCACUUGUGGCGUAUUAGCAAAGUUCGGCGCUUUCUCGAUCCUCUUACUACUAAGUGCCUGGUUCAGUCUCUUGUCCUCUCUCGCGUUGACUAUGCCUGUUCUCUUUUCGUUGGUCUUCCUAGCACUUUGCUCUCUAAGCUGCAGUGCGUGAUAAACGCUUCCGCUCGUCUCAUUCUUGGUGUGAGGAAGAGAGACAGCAUUCGUUCCCAUCUGCGCUCCCUUAAUUGGCUAUGUGUAAACGACAGAAUCACUUUUCGUAUUGCCACCCUGACUUAUCGCUGUUUAAAUGGCUCUGCACCUUCUUACCUGGCUCGUCUAAUCAUUCCUCUAGAAAACUCACGCAGCCUACGCUCAUCUUCAUCUGCUCUACUUCGCGUUCCUCGUACUCGCCAUGUUAAUCUUGGUGAUCGAUCUUUUGCAAAGAUCGCUCCUUCCAUCUGUAACUGA